GAGAGCCGCCUACCUUGGGGUGUGAUUUGACUGGAUGAAAAUAAAAUGCAGAGGAGUCAGACGAUGGGUGUGAAAGAGGGUGGGGGGAGUGGAGGCCCGCGCGUAACUGGCAGUAUAUAAGGGACGCAAGGAAGUUCCAAUGCAUCAGUCAAGCAGCCUGCUGUCUACUCACACCUCCCUCGCCUCAACCACAACCCCUACAUUACCAACAUGAAAGCCGUCGUGAUGCUGCUGCUGCUCGUCGUGGCAGCGGCCGAAAAGCUCUACGCGCCAUCGCCAAGCGCCCCAGCACCUUCCGUGUCCAUCCUCAAGGACGAGAGAGUCCACCCUGAUGCUGAAGGAAACUACGUCUUCGAUGUCGAGACUGAGGACGGAAUCGUCAGGCAUGAAUCAGGCGGCGUGGGAGGAAGCCAGCAAGGCUUUGUGAGCUACACCGCCCCUGACGGCACUCCGGUCCACAUCAAAUUCGUGGCCGACGAGAAUGGUUACCAGCCAGACUCUGACCUGCUGCCCGUGGCCCCCGCCUUCCCCCACCCCAUCCCCCAGUAUGUGCUGGACCAGAUCGCUAAGGCCGCCGAGGAGGACGCCUCCCGAAGCGUCGAAGUCAGGGAGCCCGCUGCAACCUACUCCCAGCCUUAACUGUGUGCUGUCUUUUUCCUCUUGUCUGGCUGACUGACACGUGAUGACUUGAUAUGCAGUGUGUUUGUUUGUGUGUGUGUGUGUGUGUGUGUGUGUGUGUGUGUGUGUGUGUGUGUGUGUGUAACAUAGUAUUCUGCUUGUUCCUUAUUUAUUUUGGACUGCUGUAAAUUGUAGAAUAAACGCAUGAUUUUC